AUGUCGGUAUUUUCAGGGCCUCCACUUUGCGCGCUCGCUCCGCCCGCGUCACCGGGUCCGUGGGCGAGAGGACGUGGCGCGGCGGAAAACCCGGAGAGAGGAGCGCGCACACAGAGCGACGCGGCCCGCGCAAGCUCGCUGACACGACAGCGGCUGCGUGCUUCCACGUGGACCCCGUCAUUGACCCUAAACACUCCGGUCUCCGUGGCAGGGCCCGGGUGCGCGCAUGCCGCCGCCGUUGCGCAGUGCAGACCGCGGUGGUUACAUCGCGAGCGGUGGGCGGUGCGUGCGAUCCAGAGGUGUUCUCCAGAUGUGAACCUCGGAGCGCGGACCUGCCCGAGCGAAAAGCGUUUUUCUGUCCACGCAUCUUCUGCGCAGACAGGUGUGUUCAUGGAGUCUCAUCUGGGCAGCUUGGUCCCGUGUGUCCUGUCCCUGUCCCUGUUAAUACACGUGUGUCCCGCUGCACCAGGUGUCCCUGGGACACAAAGGGAGGAAUCGGUUAAUGGCCUUGACCCUCCAGUGGAACUAGCCAAUCCAUUUGGCUCCGGAGACCGCAGAUUGCUGCAAAGUUACAUUCAAUCGAGUCUGAGUGAUGGACAAGGAGGACCAGAAAUCAACACCUGGGAGCAAGAGGUGUUCUUCCUGUUUGGUCUGUAUGACUACGAUCGCAGUGGGCUGCUGGACGGCUUGGAGAUGAUGAAGCUACUCUCAGACUAUAACUCCCAUCAUCCACCUGGAACCGCCACCAACAAGCUGGUGGUGUCCAUGGUAGAUUUUUUACUACAGAGUCAAGAUGUCAACCAGGACGGCCUGUUGGCGCCGUCCGAGCUGCUGUCUCCCGCAAUAACGCACACACAGGACUCCAGCAUCAAUAACGCACCUCAGGGGGACGUGGCAGCAGAGGGGAAGCUGUCUCACCCGGGCCCCGGCGAGGAACAGGCAGGGGAAGCUGCACCCAGAGAGGAGGCGCAUGAGAAGUUGCAGCAUCAAGGUGAAGAGCAGUUAGAGGUUCAGGCGGAAGAAGAUCACGUAGUGGAUGAACCUCCUGGACAACAAAUGCCAGGACCACCGGCAGCGGAACACGGACAGGGCCACAAAGUCCCGGUUCAUCAGGGGCAACCAGAAAUGUGAACGCACACAUCGUGCUCCACAUCAUCAUUUUCUCCAGAGUCAGCCGAAGACUGUUGAUUCAAAAUUCAAAUUACCACUAAGGGGAACUCUUAAUCCCCCACAAAUCUGUCUCUAGACUCGAUUUUUGAAUUGAAUUGAAUUUGACUGUUUAACACUAAGGUGGUUGUUUAAUGAAAAGCUACAUGUGUUAAAAGUAUUGUCUCUUUUCAAACCAAGUUUCUACACCCAGUAACUAAUCGUUACAAGUGCAAAUAUUUCUAUACCUGUAAAAGGGGCAACGGUCCUGGAUUCGAAAUGCAAUAUUACUUAAAUUAGUGACAGAAGCCAUCCUUAAUGAGGAUUACCGCAUUGCAAUAUUUGUCUUUUUCCAGUUCAUUAUCUAAUGUUAAAUCAUUGUAUUUUUUUUCUUCAAUUAUAUUUAUUUUAUCUUUUCUGGGAUCUUUUGCAUGAAAAAUGUUUGCAUUUUGCUUUUCUCUGCACUUUUCUUAUGUGCAUCCUGAUGGGCCUCAUUGCGUCUGCCUCUCUUCAGGAUUAUGAUUUGCACCUAAUAGUUAUGCACCAGGGGCCAUUUGUAUGAAGUGAGGCUUAUUUAGGUCAGUCCGACUCAUUUUCAGUUUAAAAAAGUGUAACAACGACCACGACUGUGGAUUUUACUUUUUUACUGACUUUCUGAAGUGAUGCCAUAUUGUUGGACUUUAUUAACCACUAGUUGAAGUUGAUGAAUAAAUGAUACAAUAAGGAAUGCUAAGACAGACAGACAUGAUUCUAAUUAAAUGGGAUCUGAUAUCAAACGUAAAGGCUUAUAUCUAGCUUAUAUAUUAGCCUUUAUGAACUUUACCCCAAUGUCAUGAUAGUAGUCACAUCAAAAGUUAAGAGGUAUUGCAAACGUUUUAACGGUUUGUGUUCUGUUCUUACUAUUUAAAUGUAUUGGCCUAAUAUUUAAUUUGAUUUUAUCUGAUUAUUUGAUUACAAAUCUAAUCUAUGAUUACUGUUAUCUAACCACCCAAAUGCACAAAACGACAGCAAAGCGAUAUAAUUUUUAAGAGGUCUUCCUCAUGUAUUAUCUAAGGGAAUCAGUCUAAUCUCAAAUCAAAUCAAAUCAAUUUAAAAUUAGGUUAAUAAAAAAGAUAAAACAUUAAUUUGCAUGAUCAGCAAAGUCAACGUUUAUUUCUUUUGAUGCACUUGUUAAAGAUCUAGUAUUUUAUUUUGGUUUUAUUAUACGUGAAUUAGUUGGUAGCCUUGGAAAUACAGAUCAAUAUUGAGCUCUUAUUGUGUACGUAAUGAAUUGUAGUUUUGUUUUUUAAUCUUCAUUUGAAAGUCAAAUUCAAUGUUUAUCUGCAAACUGGAAUUUGUUUACAGUACGAAAGCCCUGGUUUACUAUUUGUGGUCAUUUCGGUUGUUUACCCUUUUCAGCCAUUUAAAAAAUAAAAUAAAAGCAAAAAUGUCUAUGC